CGCCGCUGUCAAACAAAAACGUAAAUAAAAACAUAGCCUCCGAUGGCGUCAUAUAUCGCGCGCUUGUUGUUUAAAUAGUUAAAUAGAAAUAAAUAAAAACAGUAAAACAAAACUUCGAUUUGUAGCUAAUUUUACCAGGCCAGUGGGCUUAAAAAUUCUGGAAAAGGGUAGCAUUGAGCAGUGCGUGUAGUAUUUCCCAAAGGGAAAAAGGUUUUCCUUUCGGGUCCGAAUCCGACUCGCCAACGGGCCAACAGUGCGACCCGGGGGAGGGGUGGGGGAGAGUAUGGCAACGAACCGGGGCGGUAGCACGGUGUACCUCGAAAUGGACGGCCGGCGGGAGCAGCACGCCCAGCCGGAACAGGACGGCGAAAAUGACGCCGAUAGUGGUGAAGACACCGACGAGGCGAGUGAGAGUGAGCUGCUGACCGGCACGAACCACCAGCACAGCGUGGACGAGGGGAUGGAGAUCCGGGAGCAGAUGUACCAGGACAAGCUGGCGAACCUGCUCGGGCAGCUGGAGCUGCUGAAGCAGGGCAAGCACCCGGAGUACCUGAAGAUCGUCGACCGGCUGCAGCUCGAGCUGGACGACCGGGUGCUGCUGAACGAGGUCGAGCGGGACUACUUGCUGGCGUGCGCGGAGCGCGACUGCAUCCUCGAGAAGGCGGCCGUCGAGAACGUCGAAUCGUUCGACGAGAAGAAAGCGGAGCUGAUCGAGAACCUGAUCGCCGACCUGGAGGACCAGAAGAAGAUGAUCGAACACGAGUUCGCGACGAUGGAGCUGAACGGCGACUCGGUCGACGUGAAGCCGACCGUGACGCGGAAGCUGCGCCGCCGCCCGAACGAGCCGCUGCCGGUGCCGGAGAAGCGCCGCAAGCCAACGACCAACCAGCUGACGUUUCUGCUGGAGGACAAGGAGGUAGACCACGAUCUGCAGCUGAUCUCGCGCAGCAAACCGAACGGUGGAUCUCAGCCGACGGAGGGCUACGGUGGCAGUGGGGCAGCACCCACGGGAACGGGCGGACAAUCGAACGCACAACCGUCGACGGAAACGCGCAUCGAGGAUGGGAAGCUGUGGUACGAGCGGCGCUGGUUCCACCGCGGCCAUCCGGUGCACGUCGAGGGCCGGGACAUACCGCGCUUUCCGGCCAACAUCUCCGCGAUCGGGACCGAGGCGAUCUGCGUGAAGAAAACGUCCGACGGGCAGAAGCUGCGCAUCUUUCUGUUGCAUCUGCGCCGCGGCAAGGUGUCGAUCAAGCGGCGGGCCAACUAAACCAUGGGGACAAUGAGGGAGGGGGGGGGAGAGAAGGGCCUUUUUCGGUAGAGAGGCGUUUUCGGUGUUGUUGCCGGCGGACGAGAAUGAGAAGCGUUGUUUUGUGGUUUCCGAGCGCCACUGGACACAUUUGUUUGGUUAGAGAUUUAUAAUAAUUGCGUGCGUUUUUUGUAUAGGGAGAUUUGUGCGCUACGCGAGGAUGGAAAAGGGCGGGGCUGGGUGGAUAGCCAAAAUCCGUACGACACUUACCCACGAACUAAGGUCAAUCUCGGAUUACAGUUGAGCAAUACACACACGCGCGCACACUAACAAAACCGCGGACUGCUAGAAGCAAACACGAUAAAACUAAGAAUUCGAGCUCGCGCUCGCUCACUCCUACCCCACAAAAUACACACACGCAUGCAAACACA